UGUACGUUCGCUGGAAGUCAAUUUACUGGUACAACCGUCCAGUACGCGUUGUGAGCUAACGGGCUUUAAGUAAAUUAUGUAAAUAGGCAAACAACGAUUUCUCUCAUAUUACAUAUUUGUCUAUGAUUUUUAUGUUUAUUGUUAUUUAUACAACAUAAUUUGUGUGCGUGCUAGAGCACAGAAUGUAGACUCGCUACGGCGGUAAUUCCCUGCGCGGUAGAUGGAAAGCGAAAGUGAAGUAGGCUACUCCAGGAAUUUCACUUUUCCAAAUUUCCUUUUGCUUUUCAGACUGUAAAUAUAAGCCACCACACACAGUCACAAUGGGGUACAUUUCAAACCAAGAACGGAAUAAUCAAAGUAAACGUUGUAAGCCAUGGACGCGAGAAAAUUCUUAUACUUGUUUAUUGUUUGCAGCGCACAGGACUUCUGUAAAGGCUGCGACUGGAUUCAGCACAGAUUCAAGUGGGCGAGCGGCGAAUCCCUGUCAUUGCUCAGUGAGAUGGGUGGAAAUAUUACUGAUGAUAGAGUACCUGUACCCUUCCCAACAAUUAUCUACAGCAGCAUCAAAAAAGCACAGGUGGAUGACAAAGUCAAAUUCGUGCACGCUUCCAUUGAUCAGAUCAUCAAACUGUUUGAUGGGAAUUUGGAUGCUGUGACAUGGAACAGGCUGAAACUGGAGCAUUUUCUCAUUGUCCUUGACCGCCAGUCUCGCGAACUUAAGAAAUGUGUUUCUUCUGCGAGCAAAUAUGAGAAGAGACUGAAUCAAUACUUCAAGAAGUUAAAAAAGAAUAUCUUAAAGCAGAGGAAGUACGACGCACAUUCAUGGGAACUCAUCAGAAAAGAAGUAUUACGUCAUCUUCAAAGGCUGGACCUCAUUAUGGCUGCAAUGAAGACAUCAAUUAAUUAAUUACUGAAGCACGCUUUGUCUAAGAAAGACUUUGCAUAUGAUGGGAUCAAAAUAUUACAUACA